AGUUCCGGUUCGGCUGGCCGCUACUGGCGGCACGGCUCCGACGGGGCCGGAGCGAUGCCCGCGCGUAGCCGAGCCGGCUCCCGCCAGCGCUCCGGCUCCCUGCCCCGGCCUUCGCGUCUGCCUCUUGAGGCGCUGAGCUCCGCCUACGCGCCGAGGACCCCGGACUCCGACGGCGCCAUAGACACCGGCUCCGAGCUGGGUCCCGGCAGCCCGGCUCCCACCGCGGAGGUGAGCGGGCGCCGAGGCUGAUGAGAGGGGAGAUUGGGGGGCGCCCGCAGCCAAGGGAAGUAGAAGAGGAAAUGGCAGGCCCUAGUCAACUCUGCAUUCGCCGCUGGACUCCCAGGCAUGUGGCCGUGUGGCUGAAGGAGGAGGGGUUUUUUGAGUAUGUGGACAUCUUAUGUAACAAGCACCGUCUGGAUGGAGUCACACUGCUCACGCUCACCGAGUAUGAUCUCCGCUCUCCUCCUCUGGAAAUCAAAGUCCUAGGAGACAUUAAACGGCUAAUGCUCUCAGUCCGAAAACUGCAGAAAACACACAUUGAUGUUUUGGAAGAGAUGGGUUACAACAGUGACAGUCCCAUAAGUCCCAUGACGCCAUUCAUCAGUGCCCUUCAGAGUGCAGACUGGCUCUGUAAUGGAGAGCCUGCACACAGCUGUGAUGGGCCCAUCCCUGAUCUGAGCUCUGAUCAGUACCAAUACAUGAAUGGCAAGAACAAGCACUGUGCCCGAAGACUGGACCCCGAGUACUGGAAGACCGUCCUGAGCUGUGUAUAUGUCUUUAUAGUAUUUGGGUUCACCUCUUUCAUUAUGGUCAUUGUUCACGAGCGAGUGCCUGACAUGCAGACCUACCCACCACUCCCAGAUAUAUUCUUAGACAGUGUUCCUAGGAUCCCGUGGGCCUUCUCCAUGACUGAAGUGUGUGGCAUGAUCCUGUGCUACAUCUGGAUCCUGGUCCUCCUCCUUCACAAGCACAGGUCAAUCCUUCUGCGAAGGCUCUGUAGUCUGAUGGGCACUGUAUUCUUGCUUCGCUGCUUUACCAUGUUUGUGACCUCCCUCUCCGUGCCAGGACAGCACCUGCAGUGUACUGGAAAGGUGUAUGGAAGUGUGUGGGAGAAACUGCAUCGGGCGUUUGCCAUUUGGAGUGGCUUCGGCAUGACUCUGACGGGCGUGCACACUUGUGGGGAUUACAUGUUCAGUGGCCACACCGUUGUCCUAACCAUGCUGAAUUUCUUUGUCACAGAAUAUACGCCAAGAAGCUGGAAUUUCUUGCACACUCUCUCGUGGGUUCUCAACCUCUUUGGAAUCUUCUUCAUCUUGGCUGCCCAUGAACAUUAUUCCAUUGACGUGUUUAUUGCCUUUUAUAUCACAACAAGACUCUUUUUGUACUACCACACUCUGGCUAAUACCAGAGCGUAUCACCAGAGCAGGAGAGCGAGAAUUUGGUUCCCUAUGUUUUCUUUCUUUGAAUGCAAUGUUAAUGGCACAGUACCUAAUGAAUAUUGUUGGCCAUUUUCUAAACCAGCAAUAAUGAAAAGACUAAUUGGAUGAAGACUCUCUCUCUGUAAUGAGUUUGUUGUUAAAUAUACAGUAGUUAUGGAAUGAAAACGAAUACCGUUGCUUUGUCCCCAGGUUCCUGGAUAUGUUGCAUUUUGGCUUCUGUGUUGACAGGCUUCCCGUUGUGAGUAAGGCUGUGACCGUGAAACUCGAGAAAGAGAACACAAGACUCCGUCUCUAGCUGUUUGAAUGGAGAGGCCAAGGAGAGAGUUUCUGCCCCUCACUGUAGGAAGACCCAGUGUGUGGGUUAUGUCAGGCCAUUACCUGUGCAUGUUGAGUAUUUGCUUACUGAACUCAAGCACAUCAGCUUGGGCUGGUUGAAGAAUUUUUACUGAUUUCCAAUAGGACUCAAGUCAAGAAGUAUUUUUUGAAGCUGGUGUUCCUUACCUAGUGAGCUGUUCUCACAUGUUCAUUGAACUAAUCUGUCUGUCUGCAAAGUGAGUGUCCUACUGGUAAAUAGGUUUUACCUUUUGAGCCAUUUUAAAGAAAAACACAUUGAACAUAGCAGUUUUUGUGAAACAAGAGAAUGCAAGGGGCAGUGUGGGAGGUGACAGGCUGAUCAGGGGUCGCUGGCCUUCCCACUAAUGCAGGUAUGGGGGUCAGCAUUUAGAACAGGUGCAGCCUCAGUUGCCGUCCCUGAUCUGUUUGGAAGUCUCAGUGUGAACACAGAAAGGAUUCAUGAGGGGAAAUGGCUGUGUUCCUAAUAGUAAAGUGGUGUCAUUUUAGUGCUGUAAGUAUCUGGAAUAAAUACUGUUGUGUUAGUUAGGCAGAUGACAGCCCAGUAUAAUGCUUUUUUAAUAAUGUGACUUAAGUGAAACAAAUGAGUGUUUUACCAGAUUUUAAAGUUCUUACGUCAGUGAGUGAGUAAGUGUGCAUGCAAAGAAUUCUUUUCUUCUGGGGAAAAAAAAACAAAAACAAAACAAAAAAAAGAACAAGUUGUAGGCGUACUGUUCAUUAACUCUGGGGGAUUCCUCUUUCUGCUUUCCCUCAAAGUUCUCAUUCUCACCAUCGAAGUAAACCGUCUAAGACACACUUAGACAGAAGAAAAGCUUCAUACUUUUUAUUUUAAAAAAUAACUGUAUGCAUACAUUCUUUCUAUAGUCUUAACUUGGCAGUUAGAACUAAUGCUUUAGCUGCUGUUUACAUUAGAAAACUACCCUCCGUGACUACUGUCACUUCUCCAGUACCACGUGUCACUUUAUUUUUUAUUGGUUGUACAUAACAGUUUAACCUUAGCCUGAUGGUAGGAUUGGAAUACUGAUUGUAUAGUUUUUACGUUCCAUUAAGACAAGGACUCUGGAGCUGCAGGCACACUGCAGUCACAAGUUUAUUCCUUCUCUGUCUGGGUGACAUGUUCGUUUUCACAGUUGGAGUCCUAGUCCCACCCCCUCGGAAGCCACUGAGUGGAUUAGGCAGGAAGGGGAUGUUAGACAGACAGGUGUGGGCCUGUGCUGAGGGAGCCUGCUGGGAGUGUGGAGGUAUGCUGGGGCACCCCUCAUUUCUCACCCAAAGCCACUCAAGCUCAAUCAUGUUUUUAAAUUUCAUACUUCAAAAUAUGUGCAGUAUUUUAAAUUAUUGAUUCUGUUACAAGCCAGGAUCAAAAAUGCCAAUAUCUCAUCUAAAGAAACUGCAUAAUCAUGGAGCAGAGGUCGCCAUGCUCCUUUGAGUAGUUCGUCAGGAAUAUUACUGCCACCCCGUCUUAUUACCUGACACCCCCACAUAGCAGGAUCCAGUUUACCUGGGGGGAUGGAGACAGGUAGUGUUGGCUUUUGGGAAAAUGUUCCAAAAACAUGUGUCUACAUUAAUUUUAAACUGCUAGCUAUAUCAAUGGUAAAUAUCUUAAUGAUAAACAUCAGGCCUCUCUGUCACAGAGAGAGCAGUAGGUGCAGCCAGCUUUGCCCUUGCAGGGCUGUAAGUGGGGCUCCCGGCCACAGCUGCAGCACAGAUUGACGGUUCUGAGGGUGAAGGGAAGCUGGGUCUGUAACCUAGUAUCUCUGACAAGACAGUGUUUACAUGAGCUAAUCCUCUUCAAGACUCAGAGCUGAGACAAAGUCAUUUUUCUUUCAGUUUUUGUUGUCACACCUUUUUUUAUUUUAUUGUAUUAAAACCUAGCCAUAAUGAAGAUAGAAUUUCUGUUUACAUUUUGGGCAUGAUGUGGCUGCAUGCAGAGGCUUCAUGCUUUUGAACCCUGUAUUUGAUUGUGCUGCAUGGGAGGCUUUUAUUCUUGACAGCUUAGUACAGAAGCAGGAGAAGGUUUGAGUUCUUGGGGAUGCAAAGGACGGAUGGCCUAUAUUCUAAAGACAGUGUCAUCGCCCUUCCUGUGUGCUGACCCAGGGCUGUGUGUGUGCUAGGCGAGUGCUGUUGAAAGGUAGACACGCUGGUGGAGAGAAACAAGCUGCUCUCAUCACCACACACUUCUGCAGAGCCUUUGUGCUGCAGCUCCCCGUGAGGCUGUCCUCCAGUUCUCUCCAGCCAGAAUUGCUGUGGCAACAAUAUUUUUAUAAAGCAGUGGGCUUCAUCUUAGGACCAGUCAAUUAAUAAGCGUGGCCGUAGCUGAGAAGAGCCACUUCCAAGAGCGCACCAGACACAGUGAGUGGUGAUCAGCCCCCUUCUGCCUGCCUGUAUGAUUGAGAAUCCCAAAACUCUGUAAUUCAUAAAUGGGGAACAGAGGCACCGAUCCUUCUAUAGCAGAGAGGAAGUGGGCUUUAGGAACAUUUGUGCAAAAGGUUUUUUGGGGGGUUGGGGGAGGUUCGUUGUUCAUUUGUUUGUUUGUUUUUGUUUUGCUUUUUGGAGACAGGGUUUCUGGAACUCAGGGUUCCACCUGUCUUUCCCUUCCAUGCUGGGAUUAAAGGUAUACACCAUAUGCACCUUUUUGUAAAACUUAAUUCAUAUAAAUUUAGAUUCAUGACAAACGUGUUCUCUUUAUAUUCAGUGAAAAGCAGUCUUGUCAUUGAAAGAUUCUAGAUCCAGCGUGCUUAACAAUGUUUACAAUAUUCUUGACUUAAACUCUCUGAUUUAGUAUAUGUAAUUGUUUGUGGGUGAAAUCCCAUGGCAGAAAGCAGAUAGUAGAGUCACCUGUCAGCCCUCUCAGCUCUCAGACUGGAAGACAAGAAAGAUCUUAGAAGAGUUCAUUUGCUUUCCUUCAUACAGUGUGAAAGCCACCAAAGCAUGUCAGGGGUUUUGUUUGGUUGGUUUGGGAGUUUUUGUUGUUGUUGUUGUUACUGUUUUGUUUUUGUUGUUUUGAGUAUUUUGUUUUUGAGACAGGGUUUCUCAGUAUAGCCCUGGCUGUCCUGGAGCGCACAGCAUGUGGGUUUUAAUGGCAACUUUACACGACCGUCUGUGUCUAUUACCAGUGAGCGCAUCCCCAGCCACCCCACACCUGUGCAGCUGAGGAGGAAAGUCCCAUCAAUGAUGCUUCGAGCAACCAAGGGGAAGAGAAGGGCUUUUGUUUGUCUCUUCUUCUUAUGAAUAGCUUUUAAUGACUAACAUUAUUGUAAAAGCAGGUGUUGGCUUGCUGGUAAAUUCAGUGGCACUAAUUUCACAUGACUAAUAUGAUGAAUUACUGUAUCAAGAUCAGUACAGAUGUCUAUGAAGUCUAAGCUAUUUCUCCGGCUACACUAAGUUGAGGAUACAUUGUACUCUGUGUUAAUCAAAGGACUCUUUGUUCUGUGUGUUCCCUGUGUCUGCAUAAGGAAGCCUGUGCUUUGAUGGGAGAAGGAAUGUUCUAUUGUUUUUUGUUUUUUUUUUUUCAUUGUUACUUUACAUCUCUUUUAAUCUGAACUACUGGAUUGUCUGAAGAACUAAACGGAGCCUGUUAUUAACAUCUUUAAAGUGUUUAAUUUUAAUAAUUUUUCAUUGAAUUCAUGGAUUGUUAGGAUAAUGAAAUAUUUCUGAUAUGGAACAAAGGAAAUGAAACUGGUACUCAAUGAGGAAGCAGGUUGCUUGGACUAAACCAGGCAUGUUCAGUUUUGAGAAUUCUACCUAGAGGUCUCCUGCCCACAGAGAAACUAGUGUUACUUGAAGAUAUGAAAGUCCCUGUGGUAGCCAUGCCUUGAAGCACAGUGUUGUACAUAAGUAAAUACCUGAUUCUAAAUUAAAUCCAGAUCUACUAAUAUAUUAUUUUAUAACUUUGUUGUAUUAAAACGUUUUAAACACUAAAGAAUAAAGCAUUUGAAAGUUGA